UUAAACCGUAAGCGAGUUGGGUUUAAUGACAAAAAAUGGAGCUGCCCGUGUCCGAUUUCAACUUACGGGACCUGAUCCGCGAACUUUACGGACGUGCAUUUAGCACUGAAGGCACACAACAGGAGCUCCAUGACCGCCUAAUGACAGCGCGCCACGAAAAAGCUGAGGCUCAAGCGCAGGGCUUCUUACGACCCGGCAGGCCGCCAAUUACAAAGUUUGGAGCUUGCGUGCAGCCGGACGAUUUUGCGGAAAUUGAAUGUAUGACCGAUGAUGAGUACGCCGUGUACUCGGAGAAGGUACAGUGGCGACUGCGCCGCUUACACAAAACGUAUACACGCAACGGAUUGGAGUACUACCAUCCCGGCGUGCUUCAUCGAAUCGAUCGCUCGAAGACGUAUGCCCUUCACAUGAGUGAGUUUUGGGUGCGACAGGAACCGUAUAUCCACAAGAUCUUUGCAGUGUUUGUGUCGCGGACCAACGGCGAGGAGCAGCGUCUCUGCUAUGCCAGAAGCUUUGCAAAAAAUCGCUCCAAAGAUAUGGAUAUGGAGCAACUAAAAGUGCCCCUAAUCACAAACGACGAAAUUGGCAGAGUUAUAACAAAUAUAUUACUUGAGAUCGAGCACAACGGAUUGGAGAAUUAUGUGGCCAUCAUUGCGGAAAAGAGCAAACUCAAUACGAAAGCUCUCAUGGAAAUCAAGAUGGUAACUGGAGAUACGUUGCCACCAAUCAUUUUGGAUUCUUGCCAUCUGCACAAAACCUUUGAAAGCAUGUUCUGCUCUAAAUCGGCGCGUUGUCUGUCUCAGCUUGAGCAUGAGAUUUUCGUUGAGAAUGGGUACGUGGAGCAGUUGAACGGCAUCUGUCAAAACUACACACAAAAUGUUGAGGCCGAUGGCUUGUUAGUGGAAUAUAAAACGUCGCUGCCAUCUGUAUUGUUAGCCAUGUGGAAGAUCGCAGAGCAUCGAAACAAACCGAUUUCACUGGCGCGUUUAAAUAAUGAUAGGCUGAAUGCAUAUAGCGUCCAAGUACAAAAUGAUCUCCCUCCUAUCACAUUUGAGGAGUGCUCCGCCGGCGGUGGUCUCCUGCAACUGAUACUCUUCGACGCCUUGUGGUGCCUUUGCGAUGGUCAUGAAAUGGAAGAGGAGUCACCUAAGCCAACGCUAGAUACUGCGAUUCCAUAUGAGUGGCUGCCCCUUUUGAACUGAUAUUGACUUACUGUUGUCGCUGUAAAUUAAAUUGUAAAUUAAAGCGGCUCAGCGCAAUAAAACUGACCAAAGAUAAACUCUA